UGUGUGUGUAUACAUUUAUAUUUUCACAAAUAUAUGAGUGUGUUGUGGCAAAGAGGCUCUUCCUAGAUUUUUCUAUAGCAUAUAUUUACUUUAUUUUAUUAACAUAAUAAUAAUCAACGCCAGAGUUGUGCUACAAAAUAUAUUACAAAAAAAAUAUAUGAUAAUAAUAUAUAGUACAUGUAGUGUAUCACAUGCCACAAGAUAAGAAAAAAAAUAAAAAAAGUUCAAAACAAAAACAAACCACAACAAAAUACAUGGGAAAAAGUGUUGUUUUUAUGAUUUUAUGUGCCUCAUAAUCAGAGCGAUUUGUAUGAAAACAUUAACAUUAGUUAUACAACAACAGCUGCAAUAAAGUGCUGAUCAUCAUGGAUUUGCUUUAAUGGAUAACAACGGCUAGCACAAUGUUUUCAAUGAGUUUCAACAAUGCUGCCCUUAUUAUACAUACUCGAAUUUUAGAGAAUUAGAUAAAUUUUUUAUUGAAUCGAGCCAGUUUCCAGAGCAUCGGCCAUAGACGGUGACACACCCAUAGGCAAAAUUGGAAUUUUUCGUUUGAGGUGAAAAUUACAUCACUGCCAUACAGCCUAGAUGAUUGGCACCGAUGAAAUGUCAUCCACUGGCAUGGAUAUCAGUGAAUCCUUUCGACCGGAGGAUAUAUCGAAAACAGAUUUUUUCGAUUUUGUCACAGCGCCCGAUAUGGGCAUCGGUCUGGGAGUCAAUGUCAAUCUGCAUCAUACACAUCACAAUCACCAUCAUCACAAUCAUCAUACAAUAACGUCGCCGCAGCAGCAACCGCAACCACACCAUCAGCAUCAUCACCACCACCAGCCCCAGCAACAUCAUCACCACCAUCAUACGCAACAACCUCAUCAUAAUCCAGCCAGUAGUCCUAUGACACAUGAUGGGGGUGGUGGAGGCGGCAGCGGAAAUGGGGGUGGCCCUGGUGGCGGUGGGAGUGGUAGUGUGACCAGUGUUAGUGCCAAUGGUGGCGAUAGUCACGGUGACACGAGCGGUUUAAGUGAUGGCAGCUCCGCCAGUACCACAGAUCCAGCUCUGCAUGGUUAUGAGUUUUGGACCUCAGACAAAGAGCACACCUCCACAAUUUUUGAGGAUUUAGAUCGUUACUGCUGGCAGCAACAAUCCAAUUCAUCUACAACAGCAACAUCUGUUACGGUGCCAAGCAAUGGCGCGCCCAACAAUUCAAAUAACAAUACCAACAAUUCCUCCAACCAAAUGCAUCAUGUACCCUCACCUGCCAACUCACUGAAUCCCCUGCACUCAUCACUUGUCAAUCCCACAUCGCCACAUAAUCAUCACUCACCUGUUACACCAGUGAGCACGACGACAUCGUCGUCCUUGCCAACAACGCCGGUGUCACAGACCCAGCUGAACAGUGAUGGUACCAUCUCGAACAUAAUCAGUACGGAUGGUCAAAUCUAUACGUUAACAGUAUUAAAUGGCAAUGAGCCAUGGUUGAAACGUGAAACGGAUACGCAACUGCAGAGUACCUUGGACUUGGACAGCCUGUUGGGUACAUUUCCUGGUUAUAUAAAAUCGGAAUAUCCCUAUGAUGACAGUGGAUUCAGUACCGAUGGCUGUAAAGAUCUCAACGGAGAUUCUGCAAAUCUAAUGGGUUCGAGUAGCCAGCGUUUGCCAUCAUUAAUAAAUACCAUCUCGUCGGUGACGAGUAGUGGAGGCAUGGGGGGAGUGGGUGGUCUGGGCGGUGAUGGUGCAGUGACAGCGCUUAGUAUAGGUCAACAGUUGGAUCAGUUUCACAAUAACAACAAUGAUUGGCAUAUGACAGAUCACAAUAAUGAACAGAACUCUGCAGAAUCCCUGCUGCGCAGUGCUCUGCAAGGUAAAGGUUACACCAAAGGACUCCACAUGCACAAUGGCAUAACUUUAAUGCCAACAUCGCCAUCAGUAAAAGAUGAUGAUAUGCGAAGGAUAUUGUUUCCAGUUGAUGCGGAUGGUUUAAAUUUUCCGGAUACUUCAUUAAAUGCGGCACAGAUUUUCGAUGAUCCCCAAAGCGCCAAUGGUCAUAAUACGCAUAUGAUUGUGCCACAUUCACCCGUAACCAAUGGCCCACUAACACCAGUCACAAAUCCCAGCAAUGCUGCACACAACAGCAACAAUAAUGGGAGCAACAAUAACAACAACAAUCAAGCAAAUAGUAUGAUGGUCGAUGAUAUGUUCCUAACGUUGGAGAAUGCUUUCAGCGAUGAUUUUGAGAAAAUCAAACAAUUUUGUACCACAGCAACUGCCAACGAUUAUCAUCAUGGCAAUGAGGUGAUGAUGCAAAUCUCGCCCAGUAUAACAGGUGGCAGUGGUGGUGGCGUGACACAGACAUCGGCCACUUCAAUUAACCCAAUGUCUGUGACAACGGCACAGCAACAAUUACAGGCACUUCAUGCGGCCUCAUCAGCAGCAACUUCCACCAAUGCCAUAGUUAACAUGCCAGGGAAUCAAGUGUUGCAACAGCAGCAAAAGCCGCCCGCACAACCAUUGAAGCCGGAAGUGACCACCUCAAAUCAGAGGAUUGUGACGACAGCGAAAGUUACCAAGAAAUACAAGCGUACACUGUCCUCCCAUAGUACCGGCAGUGGUGGUGGUGGUGCUGGUGUUAGUAACAACAACAAUAACAACAAUCCCAAUGCUAUUAAUCACAAUAAUAGUAAUAACAACAGUAAUAACAAUAACAGCUCGAGCAAUUUGAGCACCUCCAAAGGUAGCGGCAAUUUGUCUUUGACUAAUGGAGCUGGUGCCAAUCGUAAUGGCUCUGCCUCAAGUGGCAGCAGUACAACGAGCAGUAAUAGUACACCGUCGACCUCAUCCUCCUCCUCCUCCACCUCUGGAGGUCAACGUAAGGAACGCUCCUUGCACUAUUGUUCGAUAUGCUCGAAGGGUUUUAAAGACAAAUACUCCGUGAAUGUCCACAUACGCACCCACACAGGCGAGAAGCCCUUUGCCUGCACACUGUGUGGCAAAAGUUUUCGUCAGAAGGCACAUUUGGCCAAACAUUAUCAGACACAUAUGGCCCAGAAAAACAAUGGAAGUUUGGUUAAAGGCAACUCCAAUAAACAUCAUCGAUCUUCUUCGGCCUCCGCAUCGGCGGCAGCGGCAGCAGCUGCUCAACAACAACAACAGCAACAAGGCCUAAAUCCAUCAGUGCCAGUUCAUAAUCAUGUACGUCCCAUGAGUGCCAACUCGGCCGCACCCACCACACCAACACUGCCCCAUGGCUUGGGUUUAGUCAAUGGUAUGUUAACUACCUCAGCUGGCUUGGCUUUGGGUGUGCCCCAACAGCCCUCCUCACUGCCGCCUACACCCAGUACACCUACAGCAAUACUGCCGCCAGCAAAUGGUUUGCUUGCCAACAGGUAGAAAUUACUUAACGCGGUCCUCGAAGGACCCUAGAUUUUUGCUUCCUUAUAUUAAGUUACCACUGUCUUCUUAGAAUCUCUUGUUCCUAAUUUUGAUUGCGCUCUUUUUUGUCAAUUGCCUAACUUUUACUCGUACACCUAAAAGCUAUUUACACUUAACUAUCGUUUUUAUUGAAAAAUGUAAGAAGAAUUUCCCAAAAGAUCCUCCAAGGAUAAUUUUGUGUUAUUGCCUAAACUUAGAAAUACUCAAAGAAAAUACUGUCCACAAGAAAGAAGUUUCUCAACGAAUUUAUACAUAUACUCUACACUACACUACAUUACUAUGUUUAUUAUGUACAUUAAGGAACUAUUUAUUUAUUUUGUUUUGUUAAUCUAUUAUUUUUUGUAGUAAAAUCUUUUGAAAAAUC